AUGAUAGUCGAUUUGAGUGCGGGUCAAUUAGCAGCGCUAAUUGGUGCUAUCAGUACUUUACUACCAAUUGUUAUUGGUGCGGCGGGAGUCACAGUGAUAUUGAGUAAUAUUAGUGAUAAAAUGACAGCCUUAGAGUGGACUACUUUAAGCAAAGUAACUCAGCAAAGUCUGCUUAAUAUUUAUGGGACAGGUGGUCAACCGGCAUUAACAGGAAUUAAGUUAUGGGAUAUCGGAUCGCGCAAACGUAAUAUUAUUUAUUUACUUAUUGGGAUAUGUCCGGUAUUGUUGUAUGGUGUAUCAGUUAUUGCACCGCUUGGUAUCCAGACUUGUACAGUAGUAUAUAACGCGUCUGUUAAUAUGGAGGCUGUAGAUCCAGAUUUACUUAGUCGUGCGGUUAAUAACACGUUUUCUCUGGAUCAGCUAUCGCAGAUUAGGAUAUGUGGUGCUUGGGAAUGGGUACCAUGUCCGGGAAUGAAGGAUCAGUUGCAUGUCGAUGAGCCAUAUGCAGUUGACUUUAAUAAAACAUACAGUAACAAUGCAAUGAGGUAUCGUCUGUUGAAGACUAGUAUCAAUGAUAAUAUUUCAUAUCCUAGCUACGACUUUAUGAUGGGUGUUGUUACAAGUACGCAAACGGGUUAUAACAUUAUUGACAGGAUGAUUGUAGAUCAUGAUAAUGGUGGGCUCUUGAUGAAUCAAGCGAUUCAACCUAGAGACAAAGUGGGCAACAAAUUCAACUGGGCGAUUGAAGGCAUGUGGCUACAACCGUAUGUCAGUUGUCAAUCAACUAACCUUACACAGAUCGCAUGGGAUAAUAAAACGAUGAAUGCACUAUUUUCUAACUGGAUAGCAAAAAUGGUUAUUAACAAUACCGACUUACGACCACAAAAUAUACACCCGCUUGGUGAUCAAGGACAAAAAAUCGAUCUCUCAUCAAGAAGUAUCAAGUACAGUCAGUUAAUACAAUCAAGUAUCACAGAACAAAUGAAUAUGACAACCAAUGGAAAUUUUCUUGAGUCUUCAGUGUAUAACCUCACCGCCUUCACCGAUGCGCCAAAGACUAUCAAGACUUUUCAACUCGACACUUUCCUCGGACUCAAUUUCAAUUCAACACUUGGAUCUAAUAUGAAAAUUAGAUGCGCUGGGUUUAGCGGUGCAGACAAUGUUGCAGAUAAUAUUGUUGGCGUCAAGUGCUGGGCAUUAUUUGGACCACCUAAAAUUACUGAAAGAGGAAUCGAACAAAUCUUGUACGCCUGCGCUAGCGCGGUUGAAGCUAGCGUAAAGGUUAUUGAGUUACAAUCUGAUGAACAAAAGCAAAUUAGUGUAUUGAACACACAAACCAUUUCAUCCCAAUGGUAUAUUGAAAAGGCUAAUCUUAAUAUUUCUGAUAUGGAUCCUUGGUGGGGAGGAUCAGCAGGAUCGUCCUUAUCUUGGGAUGUUGCUUCUGAUGCACAAACUGCUGGUGUCCCUGGUAUUGCGUUGAAUAUAAUAUCAGAUUUUAGUGGUAAUGAUAUCUAUGGUUAUCGUGGAGACGGUAUCGGAAACCUGGUUCUACUGCAGCAAUGGAAAGAAGAGGGCAUAAGCGAAGAAGGCAUAAAUCGUAUGUUCCAACGCCAGUGGACUGAUGUCGUUGUUAAUAUGGUAUCCCCUACUAGCGAAGCUAAGGUCACUGGUCCCACCCAAUUUAUGAUAAAUAAAACGUGUUAUGACAUGCGAUUCGCCAUGCAGUAUUAUUUAGUCAUCAUCGGACUCAUACUAUGUGCAGCACUUACUAAGCAUGCGAAUUCAUUAACCAGAGUUAAACAGAUUGUUCGGCAAAUGGACCUUGGUAGAGCAAUACUGAACACGCAAGGCACUGCAGAUGCAAGUACAGCUGACUCUUCAGAGUGGGUAAAAAUCGAUGGUAAAAAGUUAUUAGAAAUGGGAAAGACGGGUUUUAUUUAG